AAUCACGAGCACGCCGAAUUGUUUUGAAUAACUCAGGCCAGCUGUUUGGCCAUUUAAGGAGACAAAUUUUGUAAAAAGUACACCGCAAUGGAUAGCAUGUCGUUCGACUACGAUCAAUACUUUUCCGAGGAAACGUUCGUCAUCGACGACUUCGGCGAAAUCUGCGAGGACAUUGUGCGGAUAGCAAGUGCGAGCAGCGCGUAUCUUUACAAGGAUCUGGACAGUGAGCUACGCCAUGACAGCCCUCCGCCCGGAAGUUUUAUCGCGUCGAACCGUUGCUUCGAGAAAGAGGUCCCAUCGCUGUUCUCCGAGAUGGAAUACCUUACCGAGGUGUCGCCUGAAACUGACGCGGUCUUGUUCGACCAGAAACCGGCAACGAGAGCCGUAAAUCCGACUGAAUUUUCUUGCAAACGCCUAGAACAAACAAACUCCAAAAUCGGCAUCGAUAGUGUUUUCGCGGAAUCUUCUCCCAUUCGAUCAGAUAGUGUGAUAGAACCGGCACCAACUGUUGGCAAGCAACCGGAGAAACCUGUUAAAGACACCCCGCACGCCGGCAUCAUAACCGAUCCGUUGGAUUAUCAGCGCAUUCUGAACAAUUACCUCCAAAAAGGACGUCGGAAACUAGAAGCCAGUUCCUACUCAAAAAUGAAAGCUUCCUGCCAGGCCAAGGAAAAGAUGCAUACACGUUCUACCUCAGUUGUCGAAACGGUCACAAACGCAUCGAUAACAGGAAAGGGUCGCGGGUCAUCGCUUUUAGCAACUCCGAUCGGUAGUAGCAACUAUUUGCCGAACCACGGUUCAACAAACAACAACACUGCCACAGUAGUGAAACGACUUGCUUUUCCAUCAACCGAUCUCGUUCUUCCACACACUGCCGAUCCUGCCCGGCUGUCGGAAAGUGGCAUCGACUGCCAGCUACCUUCCAGCCCAACGUUACACCGUGGCCUGCUUAAUCGCCCCAUUGCGAGUUCGAUGAAGACCGCGACCCCCCGUGCGUAUCGUUGCCAGGAUUGUAAUGUUUCUUUCCCUUCCAGCGAGCUCCUGCGUAAGCAUACCUGCAUCAUUUCCGAACAGUACCAGUGUCAUCUGUGUUUACGCGAGUUCAAAAAGCGGAAAACGUUGGACCAUCACAUGAAAUCUCACGACAAAGUGUUCUCCACCGAUGACGAUUUGCGAAGAUAAGUCACGGAAUUAAAAGUUAACGGUGAUAUAAGCGGCGUUAAUGAUCUUGAAUAUUAUGCUCUUCAUUGAUGAUUGAUACCGAAAUGAUAAAACAUACCUUGCUUUUAAUUGUUAAAUUUUCAAAGAACCUGGACUUAAAUCCUGGACUGAGUAUUGUGUUAUAUUAGAUUUCGUUCAACUUUGUCGAUUUAAAACUAACUUAUUAAAAUUUUACUAACGAAGAGCAUGAUACGCAUGGAUUAACGCGAGUUUUAAUUUGGUUUUUUGCAGUCGUUUGGUUAAAUCUACUGUUCCUUUCCGUUACAACAAACAGUUGGUUUGUUUCAAAGUGUUUUAUUUCAUUCGUUUCGCUUAUGAUGCGUGUUGUUUCGGGAGUCUCUAUGUUAAAAUGUUUUUCGUUAAAUGUCUCGUUUGUCUUGCCAAUAAAAUGUUCGAAGAUUCAUCAGGCAAUGUUUUCCUCUUACAAAGUAA